CUACCUCAUAGUACAAAAUUAGUGACUAUCCAAGUCAAUUUAAGCCUGGUUUAUUUGAAAGGAUAGGUGCUGGCGUUCGUUAUCUAUUUGGACAUCAUCAUAAUCACAAUAAUAUAAAUACACCAUUAAGUAGUCAUAAUCAGAGAAUGAAUACACCAGGAUAUGGUAUGCCAGCAGGUGGAUGGUUUAGACCUCAAACUCCUACUUGGAGUAAUAUGGGUGAUCUUAGACAACCUCAAGAUUUCUUCAACGUUCUCCAUGGACCGAAUGAAACUGGUUUUUUUAACAAUAUUUUUGAUAGAAUGAGAUCUAGACAGUUUAAUGGUGGUUUAGGUUUUCAAGAUGCUUAUGGUAUGCAUCAACAAUGGUUACAGGGCAUUGAUAGACAAACUAUGUCACCGAUGCAGAUCGGUGCAGCUGCUGCAAGUCAUGCAGUCCUUACUAUAGCUCAUCAUUCCUCAAAAUUACAUCAACAGACGUUCAUGGAGAAGCAUAUAGCAAGAGAGAAUUGUGCCGCUUUGGCUAUAGCAUAUGCAAGACAAUUCUGGCAUGAAGUUUAUGGCCCAAUGAUAGACCCCCGGAUGGAAUACGCCUGUGAAGUUGCCUCUGCUACCGCCUGGAGAAUGUACGAAGAAGCUGAAAUGUACGGUUUAAUGGGUGGCAUUGGAGGUAUGGGCGGUAUGGGCUUGAAUAGAGGUAUGGGGAUGCCAUAUAUGCCCGGUGGUCUUAGUAGCAACUAUGGAGGACCUGGUAUGUCUGGAAUGGGUGCUAUGGGCGGCAUGGGUGGCAUGGGAGGUAUGGGAGGUAUGGGAGGUAUGAGUUCCAUGAAUGGCGGGAUGAUGCCAAAUCAAAUGGGCAUGGGUAUGAACUCAAUGAUGAACGGCGGAAUGAAUGGAAUGAUGGGAGGUGCUGCCGGUGGUUAUCGUGGAAAUAGUUACUAUGAUCAACCCAACACAAGAGAAAUAAUAUUUGUACCUCAAGUCUACACAGUACCAAUGGACCAAUACUCUUAUCCUCAAUAUGGCGGGAUGUAUAACGGAGGAUAUCAAGGAGGAUACCAACAAGGCUACCCUAUGGGAAUGGGAGGAC